UCAGUUGUGUGUUGGAAGUGCAGGUGGGAUGUCUCAUUUGAAAAUUUUCGAGGGUUAAGUGAGUGAAGUGAGGCUGAACCGAGUGUUUUGGUUGACUGCUUCUUCUUCUUCGUCGUGGCCUCACCUGUUGUUUUGGGUUGUUUGGUGGUUGUGGUGUCGCUGCUGCUGCUGCUGCUCCUGCUCCUGCAACAGGUUGUAACCAGACUCGGAGCUGCGGAACUUAACCGAGAAAAAUCGAAAGAAUCGUAAUAUUUCGCUUUGUUUGUGUUUGUGUGGAAUUCCUCAAAGGAAUAGACUUUUACGGACUUUUUCCCUUUAUACUUUAAGAUUUCUGUAAUUCACGAUGGGAGAUCAGUGCUUUUGCUUACGAUGGAACAACUACCAAAGCAGUAUGGUUGGGGUACUCCGUUCACUUUUAGAGGAAGGACAGUUUGUUGAUGUUACGUUGGCUUGUGAUGGGAGGAGAUUAAAAGCACACAAGCUCAUGUUAUCAGCAUGUUCAAACUUUUUCAGACAGUUACUCAAGGAAAAUCCAAGUGAACAUCCCAUUAUUUUCUUACGGGAUGUUAGGUUCUGGGAACUUGAAUCUAUUAUGGACUUCAUAUAUAAUGGACAGGUUAAUGUGAUGCAAGAACAACUGCCUGGUUUUAUCAGGACAGCAGAAGCUCUACAAAUCAAGGGCCUUGCUGCUGUUAAUAACAAUAACAACAACCUAAGGAUAAACCCGUAUAUUGGUGAUCAUAUCAAUCGUUUGCAAGAGAUGUACGUAGGGGGUGGUAUAGGUGGGGAGGUUGGAGGAGAGGCCUACCAGCCUCCCCCAUUGAAGAGACCUCGCCGACCACCGCCUGCCCACAGUCUUCCACUAAGAUCUGAAAAUUCAUCUACGGGUAUGAAAAGUCCUCCAGAAGAAAUGACCGUCAAAGCAACCACAAUCACAGCACUGAAUCAGUCUUCAAUUAAGAGUCAGGGAUCAUCAUACGAUGGACCGGAAGGUUCAGGUUUAGAACCUCUCUCUGGAGUUAGUAAUACAGGAUCAUCUGCUUUAUCCCCAGCAACAGCUAGUGGAGCAUCUCCUUCUACAAGGGCUGCUAGUCCAAGAGGUGUAGCAACUGAGAAAACACCUUUGAGUUUAAAAAGUGAAGAUGAAACCCCUUUGCCUGAUGGAGAAUCUGAAUCUGAAUUUAGUAAUCAUGACAGAUCAAAUCUGGGUGUUGAUAGUUUUAAAGAAAUCGAUUGGCCUUCUGGUGAGAAUUUAUCUCCGUUACCAUUAAAUUAUAACAAAGGAGGCUAUCCAGUUUGCAAAGUAUGUGGAAAAGUCUUCAAGCAUCAAGGAUCCUUGGUGGCUCAUUAUCAGGUUCAUCAAUUACGUACGAAGUGCCCUGUAUGUCGUAAAGUGCUCUCCCGACAUUACCACAUGAAGGUUCAUCUUCUGACUGUACAUAAAGUUCCGGAUGCUGAGAUAGAAGGUCUUCUACGAAGUCAAAAUAUUGUCUAGUAGUUUAAGAAGCGUGCUUUCUUCGGCUUAUAUAACUGUACAUUUUUAAUGUAAAAUAUAUGAAAUAAUACGUAUGUACACAAAGCAAUAUAACGGCUGUAUAUAGAAUCUGUAAUCACCCUCUUUUGGACUAGAUUCUACUGAAGCAAGAUUGCAAAGGCACCAGUCGGAGGCAGUAUGGCAAAGACUUGAAAAAGAGUUUGUCUUAUUGCUUAUGGAAAGGACUGUUACUAGAAGUUACCAAUGUAAAGAAAAAUAUUUUUUAUAUUUUCAUAUAUGUAAAAAACCUAGAUUUUUAAACUUGAACUUGAACUGAUUUUGAUGGCAAAAUCCACGAGUUCAGUGUACUGGAAUACUUAUAAGUCUAAAUAAGAUGAAAUUACUCGGUAUAAAAUGUCUAAAGUGGCAUUUAUAAUCAUGUACAGAGUAUAUCACACUUUUCUGAGUGACUUUACAUUUAUGCACUUCUUUAGAAACUCCAUAUUUCUUAUUUGCUGAUAUCAAGAGAUUACAGUUUUAUCUGACCUGUCUAUGUACAGUGUUACAUUUCUAAAUGCUUUAAAAGUAAGUUAGUUUUGGAACUUGCAAAGUCAUUAUAUUAAUUUCUCACUUUGGAUAACUUAAAAUAAUUUUAAAAUAAAAUAAAUAUGCACUAGUUCAUGUGUAAUAUAGGAAGUUAAAUAUUGCAUUUUAAAAUUUUGGUGAAGCCUUCAUAUUUUAAUUUUCCAAAUUUUGUGCUUUCAUAGCAUAAACUCAUCUAGCAAAAUUGACAGUGUAUAUCAAAUUUUCAAAACUAUACUGUAGGUAUAAUUCCUUUGACUUCUUGCUUCUCAAUUUUUUCCAACUGUAAGGUGCAAUCGUGUAAAUUUCAGGUGCUUCUAGCUACAUUCGAUCUCAUACAUGUUGAUGUAUUUUUAUUACUAUUUAUAAUAAAUUUUUAAAAAAUAUGUUGACCGGUGUAUAAGGUAUUUUUUAUUAAGUCCACGCAUGAUGGUACUAAGUGACAAUGUGCAAUUGGUAGGUAAUGGUGACAGAAUCAGGGUACCGUAUUUAUUGUUCCACUGUGUGCAUUUCAACUGCAAAUAUCCUUACAAGCUUAAAACUAAAGUCAAUGCAAUUAUACUUGGUAAAUAAACACACUACAUACUGUACCAUGAGGACUAACUAUGAAGGCUAUAGGUAUUUGGAAUUCAAUUUUUGUCAUCCUGUAAUUUAAAAAACAGCUACUGAAUAUACUAAAAGCUAUAAUGCUCAAGGAAUAAGAUACUGAUGUUUUCUAGCAAACACUAAAGUUAUGUUGUACUAUGAAAGAAUGUUGUACUACUAAAGAAUGAUUUAUAUAAUGGUUGGAGCCAUUCUGUGGGUUGCCAAGUUGUGGAUGGAGCUUUGACAGCAUGCUUGCCUUGAUGGUUGUUAGCACAGCAGUGGGAAAUCCUUGAUAAGUGGGGACUUUGCGUGGCUACUUUUUAUACUGACAGCUUAGUGGGGUUCAUUGUAGAGGGUGACCACACUUACAGCUCGUCAAGGACUACCCGCUACUAUGCUCACAACUAACAAAGCAAAUAAUUUGUACUACAAACUUUACUAACAACUUGCCAAUGUACAGAAUGAUUCUUCAACACAUCCACCCCCUCAAAUUACCACAUCUUUUCAACAGAAAAAUAUAUUUAGAUUAUAAAUUUAGCUUGGAAAAAUAAUAAAAUUUAGAUUACUGGAAAACAAAAUCUUAUUUAUGUUGAUGUAACAACAAUUCUACAAAAACAAAUGUCUAUAAUCUGCAAUAAGGAUUACUGUGAUUUAGUAAAGGCCAUAGUUUGUAAUGAAACUGGUAAUUUUGAAGAAAUCAAAGUCUGAGCAAUUGGAUACAACUUCCUUAUUACAUCUGAAUGCUUGGUCUUAGUGUGUUAAUUGCUUUCUUGUACCAUAUAUUCAGUUCGAACAAACAAAUCUAGCAUCAUUGAAAAACAACCUGGUGAAGAUUUAAAUUGUUGAAAUACAUUUUUUUAAACCCCAAGAUGCUUGUAAGAAUUGGCCUAACUUGCAGUUAAUGCCCGUGGAAACUGUAUGUAAUUCUUUGUGAUAUGUCCAAUAUGCUAAUUUUAUUCUGGUACAAAUUGCUAUAAAAUUUUAAAAUUCCAACCAUGAAGUGUUAAAUAAUUUUUUAAGUUUAUAUCCAAUUCAUGAAAUUUGUUCAUUUUUCUCAAAUAUAAUAUUGAGCAUUGUAACGUGUAGUUUAAAAUCAAGCACAGAAAAGUGUAGAGUAUUAGCAUUUUGGCAAUAUUGGUGAUGGGACACAAUUUUAAGGUUUAUGUAUAGAAUAUUACACAAUGUAGCCAGUUACACAAAACAAUGUCUUUCUUCAGUACAAAUUAAAUGUCCAGAAUCUGUACAUCCACUGUAAAAAGGUUAGUGUAAAAAAUUGAACAUACUGUAUUUUAUGUUGCACAAAAUAAAUCAUAGUUUGGCA